ACUGAAAGCAUACGGUGAGCCAAGAAGCACAGAGAGGAGAAAAGUGGACAGCUCCAUCCUUAAGCGAGGAUAUCAGCUAUUCCCUCGGACAAGGAAUCCCCGCAUGGAGAGAAAGGGAACGACAGAAGACUGAGAGAUAAAAAGAAGAAAAAGGACGCACAGGAUCAGGGAAAGGAGAGAAAAGGGAAGAGUUUACAGCACGGCAAAGUGAUGCUUCAGUAUAAUCUGCUCCUGUUUGACAGAACUUGACAGCUCUCAAGGCAGGGACAGCUGUUUGGGCCAGAUAUUUAAGAAGAGGAGCAUUGAGAAGAAAUACCUCAGGGAUUUAACCAAAGAAACCCACACACACACAAGUAACACACCACUUAACCUUGCAACUGUGCCAUUUGGCUGAUGCCUCUAGAGAGACACGCAUCAGGCAUACACACCACGAACACUCAGUCCGUAUACCGUGUACCCAGCGGUGAGGUAACUCAGGUUAAAUGCCACUCAAGGACUUAACCUACACUUCAGUAUACCAGAAGUUUAAUCUUGUCCUUCUCAAGUCACAGUGCGGCCUGGAACUCAAGUCUACCACUGCAUGGAGCGUACCGUCACAUCCAAGAGCGGAAGCUACCACCUCCGUGUUCUUACUGGGAUUCCUGAGCGAGUGUGAAUGUCUCUAUCUGAGUCACUGACAUUCAGGGAGGCCGGGAGUACUAUUACAUUGUCAGCCAGUGCUUAUGCAUGUUUUAUUUGCGGUGAGGGGAAACAAGAGUCUUGCUGUGUCACCUGAUACAUUUGCUCCAUUGCUCGAGCCCUGACAGCAAGCCUCCUGUGGCUCGCACGCAUUAUCCGUCCGUCCAUCUAUUUAUCAAGUCCUUCAUCGAAAAAAGUUCUGGGACAUAUCAAAAGACUUCACGGUUGCCACCUACAGUAGAGGUUACAGCUGCAGGAUCAUCUCAGACAGAGGAGAAUUUCGGUAAGAGCCGUGGAGAUAAGACCGUGAGGAUUUUAUAGCAUCUAGGCAGCAACAACAGGAUCAAUCAAUAAACAGGAAGUCUUUUAGUUACUCAUUUUGAUGGACUCGUUCAGCUUAGCAGACACACUCCUUUGAAAACGGUCAUCAGGAUCCACAACAAAUCUUUGCUACCUAGCCACUUUGUUAGCAAGUAUACCUUCAGUAGCAACUCUGACGUCAACACCGACGGUUGUGGAGGUAGGCCCUUACAUUGUUGAGAAUGACAGACACUCUGAGGCCGCCAUCUCUCCGGGUACAGGUCCCACGGGAUGAUCCCAGCUUGGCCUGGUCCAGCUCCUCCACGCCCACCAUGAGGCGGCGCCGCUUGAAGAUGCGCCGAACAAAGAAGGCGACGAGCGAGCGCCUGGAAAACGGAUCCCUGAGACAUUCCGGCUCACGCUUAGCCUCCAAGGAGUACCUGCAGCUUCCUGCCAUUGAGAUCACACCAUCCAGCGAUGAGGACAUUCCAUGGUCCAACUGCUCUACACCCAGCGCCUCACCACGACGGAAACGCUUUCUGAUACGCAAGUGGCUGAAGGUUCGAGAGAAGAAGGAGCCAGCCAACGAAAGCAGCAGUCAGCCGAGCAGCCAGCAGAGCAGCCAUGAUGACGACUCCUCUCGCUUCCUGACUCCGUUUAUGCGCAGCACUGCCAGUAACUCAACCCGGAGCAGUCCCGCUUGCUCUCCGGUGUUGCGGAAGCGCUGUCGCUCGCCCACGGUGCCGAGCCUGGAGGGAGAGAACAUGGUGGAGAAGGGCUCUGAACACUCCGACACCUCCAAGUCGCCCUCUACCCCAGAGCAGCUGGUCACUCGGACAUACUCGGCUCAGUCCACGCGCAGCGGCUCUAAAAACUCCAAGUCUCACAAGCGACUGUCCAAAAAAAGUCAGAGCUGGUACAAUGUUCUCAGCCCCACCUAUAAGCAGCGAAAUGAAGACUUCCGGAAGCUCUUCAAACAGCUCCCGGAUACAGAGCGCCUCAUUGUGGACUACUCCUGUGCUCUGCAGAGGGACAUCCUCCUGCAGGGAAGACUCUACCUCUCCGAGAACUGGAUCUGUUUCUAUAGCAACAUCUUUCGCUGGGAGACACUACUGACAGUGCGUCUGAAGGAUAUCUGCUCCAUGACAAAGGAAAAGACGGCACGUCUCAUUCCCAAUGCCAUCCAAGUAUGCACAGACACGGAGAAGCACUUUUUCACAUCGUUCGGGGCGAGGGACAGGACGUACAUGAUGAUGUUCCGGCUCUGGCAGAACGCUCUGCUGGAUAAGCCCCUGUGUCCGAAGGAGCUGUGGCACUUUGUCCAUCAGUGCUAUGGUAACGAGCUCGGGCUGACCAGUGACGACGAGGACUACGUUCCUCCCGAUGAUGACUUUAACACUAUGGGUUACUCUGAAGAAAUCCCCGCUGAAGAGAACGAGGUCAGUAACGAUAACUCAUCUAAGAGCAGCGGAGAGAAUAAGCAGGACAGCAGCCCUCAAUCACACAAGAGGUCAAUCACACACUCCACCAUCACGUCCACGCCCAGCAGCACAGACCUGCCCCUGGCUUUUGCUAUUGCUUCUGAGGAGUACACGGACUGUCUGCCCGACCCGGAGCUCCUCACGUUGCCUCUGCUGGCUGACGAGAAGAGCUGUGAGUCUGCAGAGGGACAGCUGGGUCCUGUGUCUUCACCGUCUCUCGACUUCAACGAUAACGAAGACAUCCCGACCGAGCUCAGCGAUUCGUCAGACACGGACGACGAAGAAGUGGAGGUACAGGCGUUCCACGAUGACCUGAACGGCCGUCAGUACAUUAACGAGGUGUUUAAGUUCAGCGUGGAUAAGAUGUACUCCUUCCUCUUCACCGAGUCGCAGUUCAUGGCCGACUUCAUGGAGCAGCGCAGAUUCACAGAUGUAGUGUUUCAGCCUUGGAAGAAAGAGGAAGCAGGGAAUCAGAGGAGGGAGAUCAUGUACACCAUCUCACUCUCCAACCCACUGGCUCCUAAAACAGCCAACGUCAGCGAGACUCAGACUCUGUACAAAGCCAGCCAGGAGAAAGAGUGUUACAUCAUCGAUGCGGAAGUUGUCACUCAUGAUGUUCCUUAUCAUGACUAUUUCUACACACUCAACCGCUACACACUCACCCGCGUGGCCAAGAACAAGUGUCGGCUCAGGGUUUCUACAGAGCUGCGCUACAGGAAGCAGCCGUGGGGACUGGUGAAAGGUUUCAUCGAGAAGAACUUCUGGAGUGGACUGGAGGAGAACUUCAGGAGCCUCGAGCUCGAGCUGACGAAAGCCGAAGAGCUCAUGUUAGAAGCACACGGGCCGUCUCCGAAAACCAAAGCUCUGAAAAACUCCACCCUGAGGCGGAGAAAAAGACCCCUCCCCCACAUGCGUACGCCUCACAUGGAGGAGACGCUCAGCCCUGUGACCACACCCACUGACGAGGAGGUCAUCCAUAGAAUCAAGCACGUAUCAGCAGGCUCCACCCAAACGAGACACAUUCCCGAACACACCCCCGGAGGCGGAGCCUUCUGUAAACUCUCCAAACUGCUGCUUAUUAUCAGUUUCGUGAUCUGCAUAAGCCUGGUGCUUCUAGUUUUCCUGAACAUGAUGCUCUUCUAUAAGCUGUGGAUGCUGGAGUACUCCGCUCAGAGCUUAAUGACCUGGCAAGGCCUCCGUCUGGACGAGAGUAAAUUACCUCAGACGCAGGUAGAAUGGGCUCAGCUUCUAGAGUCUCAGCAGCGCUUCCAUGAAGCCGAACUACAGAAAUGGAGAGAGAUCAUCAAAUCAUCAGUUCUGCUGCUAGACCAGAUGAAAGACUCUUUACUGAGCCUGCAGAGAGGUGUAACUUUUAGAGACUAUGGCUCAGACUCAGACGAGAAGCGGACUCAUUACCACUGACACAUCCCCUGUAGAGCCACCAGGCGUCGCCGGGCAGCCCAGCGUCCAGUCCGUGUUCGAGUGUGUGUACAGAAUGCGCCUGUGCACUGCUGUUACACGAAGUGGGGGCGCAGAGAAAGAGAGGGGGAACGUUCACAGAGAAUCCAUACCUAGGAUAUCACGACAUGGAAUCAUGGGAAUGUGACGUUCGGCAGUCUCCCCUCUUUUUUUCUGCCUUUCAUGUACCGAUGCUGAAAGCGAGACAGGAAGUCGCCGCAGAGAGACGCGAGCCGGGGAUUGAGGAUGCGAAUGGAGGCAGAAAUGAGAAGUCUGGGGGUUUUUUUUAUAUAAAUAUAUAUAUAGUUUCUUUUAAAAUCCUUGAAGUGGUGUGAACCCUUUUCUGUUAAAUGAAGAAAAGUGACGUGAUCAUUUCAGCCUUCAGGAGACUCCCGGGCAUGUCGUUUCACUGUACGGCUGCAGUGUCCCUUUACCCAGCAUGCACGUGGCCAUGAUGACGCUCUUCCCUCAUGUUUCCAUUAGAAUUGAAAAACCUAAUAGCUGACUGAUUUUAUUUAUUUAUUCUUUUGGUCGAUAUUUGGACUGUUAUUGCAGGCUUUUCUUCACAUAAGCAGUAAAGUGCCUUUAAACCUUGAAGGAGUAGACGCUUUUGUAAGUUCCAGAGACUUCCGCUGCAUGUGAGCUGAAUCAUGAACAUUUCAGAGCAUAAGGUCAGCACUUCAGGUCCAGCUGGAGAGAGAGUUCAGGGCUAGAGAGUACAGAGAGUAGUUAAGCGCAAGGCAGUGGCACUGAUAGCUGUAUGGCUGUAUGGCUUUGCCAGUUGAAUCUUGAAUCUUCUGGUCACCGGUGCUUCAAAUUCAGUCACUUUACUGCUAAUUCAUUUAUUAUGUAAGGAAUAAGACCCCGAAUUUAAUGGCCGCUUUUCCAAAUUAUACCACAGCACAUCUGAAAUCUUGAUUCGAUUCAUUAUACAAAUAAUCGCAGCUACGAUUCGAAUCACAGGUUUAUUGUAAUACGUUACUAUAGCAACAACAGUGAUAUAUUCAGGUCAGUGAUACUUAGCCUUUUUGGAAAGGAGUCUCCGGUGUCAAUGCUUUGUAACAAGUCCGAGAUGAAGCUUUAACCCUUCAGGACAGAGAUCUUUGUGGUUUCUUAGUAGAAAGAAAUUUUAUUGUCUUAUCAACUUCAAGAGAGAAGUGGGCGUGGCUACAAUGCUUAUAGCUGCAAAUUAUAGCUGUAAAUUAUAUCAAGAUCUGACUUAAAAUUAUUCGUUUUUUAGGGUUUUUUCUUCCAUACUAUGACAUUAAUUUUUUUUUAAAAAUAUGCUACCUUCACCCAGUAACUCCACAUCCCUGUGGUGUUUUAUUUCCUGGCCAAAAAUGUGAAAUAAGGGACACUGCAGCCAGACGUCCAAGAAGAGCUGUAUUUUUUUUUUAGUGUUUGGUUACUAAACUGUGAUUCUGUCUCCUAAAAAUUGUUGCUAAAUGAUACGGAAAAAUAAGAUAUAUAGUAUAUUUGGGAAUAGGAAAUAUAUAUAUAUAUAUAUAUUUAAAUGAUCUAUGUGAGGAAGUUAAACAUAGACAGAAUUUUAAAAAAAACAAAACAAAAAACAAACAAUCUAUCUAUUAAAUAGCGUUUACUUCAGUGUUGCACCGGCACACGUCUGUGACGUGUGUGAGAGAGUGUGAGAAACUUGUACUGUAAUAAGUAACGUCUACGUGUCGCGUGUUUUUCCGUGUGUUAGUACAAGUGGACGAGUGUCUAGAGAGUAUGAGGUUUCGGACCAUUCCACUCUACGUGUCGUGUUCUUCAUGUCUGGUGUACAAAGCCAAGCUGCCUUUCUCUUGCCCAGCAGUUAUCGAGCAGUAAACUCCCAGAGCCGCCAUUUCGGCUCGUCUCCCAUCCCCCCACACGGAGAGCGCCGUCACGUUUGUGUCCCAUUGUUUAGGGUAAACGUCUGGAUCUCCUGAGGUAAACACACUGCCUGAUGUGAAUUUUUUCAAAGCACUGAAAGUCCUUCAUUUUCUUGUCAAUAUAUUUGGUCAAGGAAAUUGUUUUUGCACAGAAGAGACAGAGAAGGGUUUAAACCUGAACCAAAUAUAUUACCGAACUAGGUGUAUAGAAUUAUAACGAGACCCAGUUUCUUUCAUUUUGUCACUGUUCGAGUCUAUGGCUGUGCUCCAAUACUGUCCACCAUCUUUAGGGUUCUCCGGUGAUUUUCUUAUACUUAUUCGGCUUGUUAGAUGAAGGCUGAGAAACCGAGACGAUGUCAGAGAUAAAAUAUCGGAAACUCGUUUGCUUCUUACAAAGCGGCGUUUAUAUAUAGCCGACUUCUCAUCUCGUACAUCGUAGGAGCAGAGGUUGGAAAUGAAGAAUGCAAUUAUUUUAGUACUGUACUUCCUAAGUGUCCGUAAUUUACUUGAGUUUGUUCCCAGCAAAUACUUUUGAACCUUUUACUUUUCUAUAUUAAAAAAUGAAUCAUUACUUUUCUCUUUAAUCACAUUUGUAGCUUUGAAAUAUGUAGUUUGUGUUAGUCUCAAGCUAGCUAAUUAACAGUUAGCUACGGUUUCCCCCUCGUUUCUUACUUUCACUAACUUCAGUGAGUUUCUAUUUCAACUAGUGCAAAGGAUUUGAUGCUGCGCUUCAACGUUUACCAGAUUAUUUAUGUAGUAAUGAACGAGGAAAGAAUCUGGAUUAAUUUUCCAGCUCUGCACACUUUUCUAGCUAGUUAACAGCCUCGCUAAUUAGCGCCCCAGCUCCGAGAGGGCAACAAAAACAACAAAAUUAUAAAAACAGUUCAUGAAUCUUUUGGGAAUGAGUUUAUGAUGGUGUGUUCAAUGAAGAAUUGGAAGCUCUACAGUCCUGCAGGCUUUCAUGACUAGAGUCUGACCCAACUAGCGAAACAAACUAAUUAGCACUUUAGCACUCUAGGUGUGGGAGGGAAAUAGCUAAGUAAACAGGCUGUACAGAUGGAGAAGAAAAUGGCUGCCAUUUUGCUUCCAAUUAAAAAAAUCCUGCAGGAGUCAUGACAGAGUCAUCAAGGGUUUCGGAAAAACAGUAUUGGAGCACGGCCUAGGAAAGUGUGUGUGUGUUUAUCUGUGUGUGUGUGAGAAGAGAUAAAGCACUUUAUGUAUUGUUGAGCAUGAGACAGAGCAGUGUGUUGACUCAGAAAGAGUCGUUAUUACUCUGGAGAGUAUUUGAUGUGCUUGUAAUGUCACACGCUGGGAUCGUCUUCGGUUUUAUCGACUAAAUCGUCUCUUUCGAAAUCAGGUGCUUUGCUAAGUCACUCCAACUGCAAAUCAAAGUUGCACAGCUUUCUAGAAUGUUCCUUCUAUCCCCAGUGUGUGUGUGUGUGUGUGUGUGUGUGUGCUCUGAUGUCAUUCGUUAAACUCAUCGUUUUUCCUGAGUUUGAGGUUUGAAUGUUUUCUCUGCUGUAGUUUGCUGUGUGUUUUUGGUUCAGGAUGCUGUUUUAAAACAUUGCUAGAAACGAGUGUUAUAUACGUCAACUACCUGCUGCCUGAAUACACUGAUUUCUUUUAUUUAUUUUUAUUUAAUCUCCUUUUUACUCACCGAUGUUACCGUCAUUACAGUUCACUUCACUGUGUUUUUUAGUUGUUUCUCUGGGGGCCAUGUUCAGAGUUGGUGAGAACGUUACACGUAUUCAGAGUUUGUUUCAGCAGCUCGAGUUUUUCUGAUCAACACUAAACAUAAUUAUUCUUACUAGUGUAGUUACUGCCUCUGAGGUUGCCAGAUAUUUCUCGAGCUAAUUAGUGCUGAAGUCUAGAGUUACACCUAAAUAAUCCAAAUAAAACUCAACUCUGAAUAUGUCUCUCUCUCUGUCUCUCUCUCUCUCUUUCUCUCUCUCUCUGCUCCCUCUCUGUCUCUCUCUCUCUCUGCUCCCUCUCUGUCUCACUCUCUCUGUCUCUCUCCCUGUCUCACUCUCUCUGUCUCUGCUCCCUCUCUGUCUCACUCUCUCUGUCUCUGCUCCCUCUCUGUCUCUCUCUUUCUCUCUGCUCCCUCUCUGUCUCACUCUCUCUGUCUCUCUCCCUGUCUCACUCUCUCUGUCUCUGCUCCCUCUCUGUCUCACUCUCUCUGUCUCUGCUCCCUCUCUGUCUCACUCUCUGUCUCUCUCCGUGUCUCACUCUCUCUGUCUCUCUCUCUGCCUCACUCUCUGUCUCUCUCCCUAUCUCACUCUCUCUGUCUCUCUCUCUCUCUCUGCUCCCUCUCUGUCUCACUCUCUCUGUCUCUCUCUGUCUCACUCUCUCUGUCUCUCUCCCUGUCUCAGUCUCUCUGGCUCUCUCUCUCUCUGCUCCCUCUCUGUCACACUCUCUGUCUCUCUCCCUGUCUCACUCUCUCUGUCUCUCUCUCUCUCUGCUCCCUCUCUGUCUCACUCUCUGGCUCUCUCUGUCUGUUUCUCUCUCUCUCUCUCUCUGUGUGUGUGUGUGUGUGUGUGCAUUCCAUUCCAUAUUUUAUAGACAGUUUUAAUGUUUUAUCUUAUGGACUGUUCAUCCACAAUAAUAUUUUACAAGUUUUUAUUUCUACAAACGUCAGUGAAAUGAGCAGGCAGUCUCCGUUACUGUAUUUCUUCCUCGUUUAAACGUCUCUCCUGUUUAUCGUGAUCACUCCUGCUGGUGUGUUUGACCAAAACUACUUUGAGUGUGUGAUGUGAAUCUGAACGACUUGAAUGAUUCGGUUACAGCUGCUGUUACUGAAUCACUUGUUAAAGUCAGGAUUAUGUAAGCAUGCAUGCUGCAUGUGAAAUGCGCUGCAUGUGCAGUUUCUCGUAAAUCAGCACAUUUAAUGAUAGUAAAAGAUGAUGAUGGUAAUGAUAAUGAGGAUGAUGAUGAGUCUCCAUGGUAACACACAAACAUCACGUCCUCUUUAGCGCUGUAGUGGUGUGAUGAACAGUCGCACAUAAAAAAAAAAAAACACCAAGUAACAAUCUUACAUAGCAGAAGCAUUUUCUUUUCCUUGUCCAUGUACUAGAUUUCUGAACUUUUUCUUUUCUACCAAGACAUGAUUUAACUCAUGUAGCAACGGUCAGCACAUUUGGGUUUUUAAUGCACAUGUUUCUUUUCCUUUUUACUUUGUUUUUAGAGCAGUUUUGUUCUCUAGGACAAGAAGGAUAGAUUUAUAAUAUAUGAGUACAUAUGCACUGUAUGUGUAUGUAGUGUAUAUCUGCAGUGUACACUGACACAGGGAGCGAGUCUGCGCUGUGCGCCGGCUUCCUCUCCAACCCCACACACUUUGCCUCAUAGAGACUGAGUGGCUUUCUGAUCUAUGUGAAUUAGGAAAGGUUGAAUAAAACACUGGAAAAAUUAAAA